UGCAGCCGAGGAGGAGAGGAGGAGGGAGAGUGAUGUGGGCGGCUCCUCUCCUCUUCCACCUCCUCCUCCCAGUCUGCUCAGCAGCGAACUCUGUCAUUCCUCCUGCUCGUUUCUCACUUGUUGGAUGUAUCAGUAUUGGUUAUUGGGUCCCCGAUCUUCACGGUGGUUGUUUGCUCUCUUGGAGACCUGAGAAGACCGCCGCUGUGUGUGUGAAGGUGAAAGCGUCUUUACCGGCUUCACGCGCGUAAAAGGCGCUGAACCUGAAUCUUCGUCCUGCUCGUCCUUACCUGUUUGUUUGCGUUUCCUCGACUGUACUGCGUUUUUGCCGUGUCUGUUUCCGCUGCCGUCCCUCUGACCUCUAGUCUUCGGGUCCCACCGCGGGGGUUAUUUGGUUUUUCCUGCCAGUGUUGUGCGCUCAGGACUCUCCGGAUCAUCCUUGGAGAAGUUCCGUCGCAGUCCGUCCCAUGCACCUCCUCUGCUCAUCUUCCUUCCUCCUGCUGCGUUAAGGAUGCUCGUGGCUUUUCACGGUCAAAAUCCACAGGAUUAGCCUGAGUUGAACAAGCGGACCAUGUAACCAGAUCAGAUGUUCAUGCAGUUUGGCUAUCCAGCAGUGUGACCUCUGACUUGAAUGGUCUUCAACCUUACAAACUUUAAACACUCCUCUUAUGUUUUAAGCAACUUGUCUGAACAGUUUGAUGGAGAGCUGGUCGGAUGACAGCUGGAACUGUUGUCAUAACCGGAGGAAUACUGGCCACUGUGAUACUACUGUGUAUCAUCGCUGUGCUCUGUUACUGUAGACUCCAGUACUACUGCUGCAAAAAGAAUGGGUCUGACAGCGCCUCCAUCUCUCAGCAACACUUUGCCUGCAACGCCUGCAGUGUCUCCGGCCUGGACGGGCCGAUCAUCACCCCGCUGUCCAUGUCUCCACCAGAGCUUCCUGUCUCCACCUCAGACCUCAACAAGCCCACAGGAGGGCGAGGCCCUUACUGUCCCACCUGCUCCCCUUAUGACUCACCCUUCUACAUCCGGGCUAGUGAUGAGAUGCGUAACGGAGGCGAGCGGAUCACCUACAUGCCCACACAUUAUGACAACCAGGCGCUGGCGAUGCCGCUGCCUGCCGUCCGAGGCACCCUGCUGAGGGAUACCCACAGAGGAAGACCUCCUGAUUUCUACACCAACACCCGAGCCAUCACCACAGAGGUGUAAACUCCCCACACCGCCCUUACACACAGAGACACUCAUUUUUUCACUUACACAAAAAUACUUUGGAAACCUACUGCAUCAGCGAGUGAGGAUGAGCUGAGUGAAGAAAGAUGUUAGUAGAGGUAACAUUAACAAAUCAAUGGAAGGUUUUAGUGGAUUUCAAUGAUCAUUUGCUGUGAAACUGGAAAUUCAAGAGUGUGACAAACAGGGAUCACUUAUAAACCUAUAGGUCUUCACUUUAUACCCUUAAAAUCUCAAGUUUUGUUCACUAAGAUAGUAAUUCUGUAAUAGAGGGUAGAUAAAAUUGUAGGAAAUGUUGUUAUAUGCCCAUUAUAAAGAGUAAGUUUUUAAAAUUGUAAACAAUCGGUUGACUGUUACUGAGUCUUAACUGACUGAGGGCUAUCUUAGAUCAUUGAUGAUUCUCUCUGGCUACACAUGUUCCUAAAAACCAAUAGAAAGACAAGAAAAAAAAAGAGUGUGAUGAGUUAUGUCUUAUAUAUGAAGCAAGGGGAAAAAAGUAGAAGGCAGAAAAAAGAAUGAAAAGUCAACAUCUACUGUGCAGUUUCCUGGACCUCUGGAGGCAAGUUUUAGUUUGGAGGAGGAGGAUGGACGACAUGAGUUUUGUCUAUGCAACAAAAACUAUUAACUGUAAGCAGCUUUUGUCUCACUGUGUAGCUUUUAUACUCCUUUGAGAUAUAAUGACAGAGGUUGCCAGAUCCAAUGCUGAACCUCCACUUUAUCCAUCAAGGUGUAUAACCUAUAACCUGGGGAAAGAAACAGGGCACCGGAGCCCUUGAAUGCAACUUUGGUAUUCUAAAGUGAACCGAGUGAACUUCUAUUUGACAUUGAUGCAAAAAGUUUGAUGUGUAAAUAAUAACCAGACAGAAAUGACUCCCAUCUUGUCUUUCAUGAAAAGUGAUGUACCCUGGGAUGUGAACCUCGGAGUGUGACUUUGUGUUACUUUAUCUUCACACUUCUCCUAUACUCCUGUGCUACUCACAUGUUGAAUCUUUGAAAUGCAAAUAAUCAUGAUAUUUAAUUUGAUUUUUUUUAGAAGUAACUACACAUUUAUGUGAUUAAAUAAUGUGAUUAAAGUGUUUCACAGAGCCCUUUUUCUACAUGACACUUACGCAGCAUUGCUUGCCAUAAACAAUAAUAUUCUGUGAUAUUUGUCUUCAUAUUUCUGUGUGCAGCUGGAUUGCAAGAGACCUUAAACAAAGUGAUGUGGUUUGAUUAUGUUGCAAUAUGUUCUUCGUGACGGGCUUAUUGUUAUCAUUCAGGCAACAAAACUUAUCAAUCUCUUGCAGGGCAAACAUCAUAAUUAACAUUCAGUGAUCAGCAGCUACACCUUUGAUUUCUCAAUUACUUUUCUAUUAAGGUUGAGUAAAUGUCAACUGCAGCGCCGUUACACUGUACAUCCUGAAACAUCAAACCAUAUAUCACAAUAUCGAUGACUUCUAAAUGAAUUAUUUUAAAAUUGUUGGAAAUGUACAAAAGACUGGCCUAAUGAGGAUGACAGGUUUUAUUUUUUUUUCUUGACAUCUGGCCUGAAAAGUCUCGCUAGGAUCUCAAAAGAGAAUUCAGAGAAUUAAAACCAGUCUUUUCUUCAUGUCAUUGUCCACCACCAUAAACAAUGAUUCAUUGUCAUCAUUCAUGUAUUGUAUUAACUAUAUAUUUUAUUACUUGCUUAACUAUUAUUCUUUGAAAAUAAGAAAAAAAUCUGACAAA